AUGCAGCCAGCACAAAUUAAGGCGCACAACACACUUUUACAUUUCGAGACUACAGGAGACGAGAAUGAAACGGAUCUCGUAUCAAACACUGAAAAUUCACAGGCACCAGUGGUUACACAAUGUUCUCAACAAGGUUCGUCAAAGAAGGUAUUAUUAUCCACAGCGAUAGUAUAUGUUUUUGAUGCUCAAGGCAAGAGUCACACGUGUCGUGCGCUGUUGGAUAAUGGAUCACAGCUGAAUUUCAUCACCGAAACAUUGGCGAACAAAUUACAAUUGAAACAGCAACAUUUAAACAUCGCCAUUUCUGGAGUAGCACAAGGGGGUAUCAACGCAAGAAGGUCUGUCAACAUUCUUUUACAAUCCAAACACAAUAGCUAUCGCGAACGAAUGGACUGUGUAAUCUUGCAUAAAAUCACACAAAAUUUAUCUCAAGAAUUUGUGGACAUAUCACAACUAAAAAUUCCGUCCAACAUUUCAUUAGCAGAUCCUCAUUUUAAUAUUCCAGACAACAUUGAUCUUUUGAUCGGCGCUGAGGUGUUCUGGCAAUUGCUCUGUAUUGGUCAGAUCAAACCAUGCAGGGCACAUCCUACCAUUCAGAAGACCAAACUCGGUUGGAUUAUUUCUGGCCAGAUCCUCAACAAUAGUCAACUUAAUGAGAACCGCACUUGUCAUUUAUUCACAAUGGAUGACUUGAAUAACACCAUCUCUAAAUUCUGGCAAAUUGAAAAUAACUAUUGCAAUGAUACCUUUACGCGAUCACCCGAAGAGCGUAAAUGCGAAACUCAUUUUUUACAAAACACUACGCGUAAUUCUGAUGGAAGGUAUAUAGUAAAACUUCCAAUCAAGGAAGAUUCAAUAAGCCAAUUAGGCAAUUCUAAGGAGAUCGCAAAACGGAGAUUUUACGCACUGGAAGGACGAUUGGCCAAACAACCUGAUACGUAUAUUGCUUAUCGUAACUUUAUGAAUGAGUACCAGUCCCUAAACCACAUACAGGAAAUCAAGGACAUUACUGAUGAUAGGUCAUGCAAUUAUUUACCGCAUCAUGCAGUGUUCAAGGAAACAAGUGCAACGACAAAAACACGAGUAGUUUUCGAUGCAUCAUGUAAAACUGACUCAGGAAAAUGUUUGAAUGACAUGUUACUCGUCGGUCCAACAAUUCAACAGGACCUAUUUGCAAUUUUAGCAAGAUUUCGUACAUUUGCGGUGGCGAUCACAGCCGAUAUCACGAAAAUGUACCG